AGAAAAAAAGGCAUUUCCCCAGAAUUGCAAAACGGAGCUUCUUGGAAAGUACCAGGCACCAGCCAAAACACAAAGAAAAGUGGUUCUCCAGCGCAAGGAGGACAGUGCUGAUUUGAAGUGCCAGCUCCAGUUUGCCAAAGAGGAGGCAGCACUGAUGCGUAAGAAGAUGGCCAAACUGGGGAAGGAGAAGGAUGAACUGGAGCAAGAGCUCCAGAAGUAUAAGUCCAUCUAUGGAGAUGUGGACAGUCCUCUGCCUACUGGGGAGGCAGGGGGCCCACCCAGCACCAGGGAGGCCGAGCUGAAGCUUCGUUUGAAGCUGGUGGAGGAGGAAGCCAACAUACUGGGCAGGAAAAUAGUGGAACUGGAGGUGGAGAACAGGGGGAUUAAAGCUGAGAUGGAGGAUAUGAGGUGCCAGUAUGAAAAAGAGUGCCUCAGCAGGGACCACAUUUCAAGCAUUCCUACCUCGCCCUAUGGUGACUCCGUGGAAUCAGCCACGGAGCUGCGCCGGCACCUGCAGUUUGUUGAAGAGGAAGCAGAGCUGCUGAGGCGGUCAAUCUCUGAAAUUGAGGAUCACAACAAGCAGCUAACGAACGAGCUGAACAAAUUCAAGUUCGAGCCAGGCCAGGAGCCGGGCUGGUUGGAUGACACGGCAUCCAAGUGUGGUGGGACUUUGCAAGAGGAGCUGAAGUCAGCCAGGUUGCAAAUCAAUGAGCUGAGCGGGAAAGUGAUGAAGCUCCAGUAUGAGAACAGGGUCCUGAUGUCCAAUGUCCAGCGUUAUGAUCUUGCGUCACACCUUGGCCUGCGCACUUCCAGCCCCAGGGACAGUGACGCUGAUAGCGAUGCUGGGAAGAAGGAGAGUGACAGUGAAGAGGGUCGCCCACCCCAGCCGAGGAGAGAGGGGCCCAUUGGGGGUGAGAGUGACUCUGAAGAAGUUUAUGAGAAGACAUCAGGUUUUGGGAGCGGGAAGCCAUCAGAAGUCAGUGACCUGUGCUCCACGGAGCUCAUGAGAGUGAAAGAGGACACCGAGUCUUUAAUUAACAUCAAACGUGAGGCUGAGCGGCUGGAAAGGACCGUGGACCGCCUUAUCACUGAUACAGACAGCUUGAUUUAUGACGCGAAGGUGCAUGUAACCAGCAGCCCAUCCACCGAGCAGGAUUUCAGAAGUGGUGAGGAAAGGGGAGAAGAUAAGCACGAACCAGAGCUUCUGGACACCGUCAACUCCAGGAUGAAAGCUUUUCGGAAGGAGCUGCAGACCUUCCUGGAGAAGGUUGAUCACAUUGGAGAGGGCCUUAAGGAGCAGAUGGAGGACCUCUCACCUCUUCCCCAUCUCACAGAGUCUUCCAGUUUUCUAUCCACAAUGACAUCCAUGUCCCGAGACUCUCCCAUUGGUAACCUGGGGAAGGAGUUAAUCACUGACUUCCAGUCCAAACUGAGGGAUCACAUGGAGUGGCAGCUCAAACAAGACCGUGGAGAGGAGCAAGAGAUUCACCACCAGCGAGCCACCACCGACCCACACCGCAGAGCUGAUGGAGACAUUAAACUCUACAGGCCAGGAGACAAGGGCUGUUUCAGUCUAGAGAAUGUAUCGAUACAGGAGCUUCAGGCUCAGCUUGAGCAGGAGACAAGACUUCACCGAGAAGAGCAAGAAAAGUUUACAGAAAGGAUCAUCCAGCUGGAGGAGGAGCAUAUGCAGACCCUGCGGAGGAAAGACUUGGAAGUGCAGAGCUUGACUUUGCAGAACAAACUGGAAGAGAAGACUUGGAGCCAGGAGAAAAGCCUGCUGCAGCAAGAACUCAGGCAUUUCAAGCAGGACACCUUUCUUCUGUAUGUCAAACUGAAAUGGCUGCUGAAACACUGGCGGCAAGGCAAGCGGAUGGAGGAGGAAGGGGAGGACAUAUUAGAGAUCGAGCACCCUGAGGCCGUCCCAGGCUUUGGCAUUCAGCCUGAGCAGAAGGUGGAUUGCACAGAGCGAGAGGAGGAGGAAGAGGAUGUUGUGUUUGCACUGACAGAUUUCUCCCAGCGUUCCACCACAGAGAACAUUGAUCAUGGACCACAGCUGCAGACUGCAGAGUUACUACAGCAGCAGAAGCAGGCAAGUGAAAGUCGGAAGCUCCUGAACGCUCUGAAGGGUCUGCUGGAUGACUUCCGCUCAGAGCUGCGGGACGAGGAGCGUGAACGCCAGGGGCUCCAGCAGCAGUACGCCCUGCACAAGGCAGCCUGGGAGGUGGAAAUGACUGAACUGAAGUGUCACCUUGAAGAGCUGGAAGGGAAGAGUGAGAACACCUCAGGAGAAACAGGCCUCACUUCUGAUGCAAAGGGAGCCUUUAAAAGGGAAAGAGAGGAGCACAAGAAGCUUCUGGCUGAGAGUCAUGGUGUGGUGAUGGACCUCCGCUGGCAAAUCCAACACAGUGAGAAGAACUGGAACAGGGAAAAGGUGGAGCUCCUGGACAGGCUUGAUAGAGACCGGCGAGAAUGGGAACGUCAGAAGAAGGAGCUGCUCAGGCGGAUAGAGCAGCUUCAGAAAGAAGUGAGCCCACGAAGAGGAGGUGGUCUUCUGUGUGACCAAAAGGAGAGUAACCUUCGUCCAUUUACGACCCAGGGGAACCUUCACGUGCCUCGAACAAUGGGGUCAAGAUCCUACUCUGAUUCAGAUGCCAUUCAGUUUGAUGAUCGGUCUCUGUCUAAGCUGAAGGAAAGCGAUCGGUGCAGCGCCACAGAAAACCUCUUUCUGGAAUCGCUGUCUCUCGAUUCCCCCGAUGCGUCUGAUGAGCCCCGGUCUCGGCAGCUGGAGCGGGAGAAAUUCUUGACCGGAUUAACGGAAGAGGAAGAAACACACAAAGGAAAUCUUCAAAGGGCGAUGUCUGUUUCUUCCAUGUCAGAAUUUCAGCGCCUGAUGGAUAUUUCUCCAUUCCUACCAGACAAAAACUUGCCUUCUUCCAGCAGCAAAGAUGACCUAACCCCUCCCUUGUCUCCUGAUGAUUUGAAAUACAUCGAGGAGUUCAACAAAAACUGGGAUUACAGUAACACUAGGACCCAUGGUGGGGCCACUGAGAAGCCUGCAGAUGGCUGGGCAGAAAGGACGGAAAUUGGGAAAGCUGGGAAUGAUCCUGCUUCAGAUCCCUUCCAGGCAUCAUCAUGGUACCUCACCACCAGUGUCACUAUGACAACUAACACCAUGACCAGCACGGAGCACUGCCAGAAGCAGCCAACAAGGAGUCACGGUGUAACUGAAAAAAUGGGAGUUCGGGUCUUUCACAGCCCACCAGUUGUCCGUAGGUUUGAUAACUCAGUGAUAACUGGCAGUGAAGGGAAAAACCAGGUUGAGCCAGACUUCCUGUUUUCUGUGACCAAAGCUAUGGGGAAUGUAGCUGAGACAAAAGGUGCUUCCUCGGAUAUGUUUGGAAGAUGGUCUUGUGACCUGGCCAAACAUCAUAAGGAUUUUCUGGAGAGUGGUCUUCAUCCCAUUGAACGUCCUAUUUGCACUACCGUGGGCUUUGCCUCACCCUUGCACAACUUGGAGAUGUCCAAAAACAUGAGCGAUGACAUGAAGGAGGUCGCUUUCUCUGUCCGAAACGCAAUACGCUCUAAUUCAACAGAGCCUCAGUUUAAGGACACUGCAUGUCAAACCAAUGGUAUGAGAACGACAGGGACGCAGACCACCCAGACCAUCAGUGUUGGCUUGCAGACAGAAACCCUGCGCAGUAUCACCAGCAGUCCACACAAGUGUCUGACACCAAAGGGGGGGUCCACGCCUGUCUCUUCACCAUCCAGAAGCCUAAGAAGCAGGCAAGUGACCCCCGUCAUUGAAAAGGUCCAGGCUAAGUUUGAACGCACAUGCUGCUCCCCCAAAUAUGGCUCUCCAAAGCUGCAAAGAAAAAUCCUUCCCAAAUCAGACCAGCCAAAUAACCGGACUUUGCCUGGCACACCUCAGAAAGGAUUCAGUGAGUCCGCUUGGGCUAGAUCAACUACUACAAGGGAGAGUCCUGUCCACACCACUAUCAAUGAUGGCCUCUCCAGUUUGUUCAACAUUAUUGACCAUAGCCCCAUCUUUCAUGAGACCUUCCAAAAAUGCCCCAGGUCUAGCAGCCGGUCCAGGUCAGCAGAACCUAGACCAGAACUGGGCCCAGUGCAGGAGCCAUGUACAAAUGCCCGUGGCAGAUCACCCAGUCCUCUCCGGUUGGGGACAGAGACGCAAAAGGAAGAAGGGACUGAGGUGACAAGUAUCAGGCAGGACUUAUCUGCUCCUCCAGGGUACACACUUACAGAAAAUGCUGCCAGGAUCUUGAAUAAGAAACUUUUGGAGCAUGCCUUAAAGGAAGAGAGAAGGCUACCUUCACACAGCCCUCCAAAUCUUAGCAAUGACAACAGCACAGGAGAAAUUGUCAAAGUAGAUCCAGGGUCCAUAGAGGAACUACCUUGUUCUGCACUAGCCCCGUCCCUCCAACCCUGCUUCUCCCGGCCAGAGAGACCAGCGAACCGGCGCCCACCAUCACGAUGGGCUUCACAUUCCCCUACUGCCUCACAGUCGCAGUCCACCGGAGACCUGACUUCCUCGGAGGAGAACGGAAGCAAGGAGCUCCUGGCAGAGACCCCCAGCCAGGGAGGCGAGCCGGCCUGACUCCAUACGGGAAUAGGGCGGCUGCAGCUCGCCUCCGCCAGGUCACCCGCCAGCCGUCUCUGCCGCCAAGGAGAGAGGUCCGCUUGGAGAGGUCAAAGAAUGUUCUCAGAUGCAGCUGCUGAAUGUCCGACCUGGGAAACAGAGGUGUUUCUAGAAUGAAACAGUUAAUGUGCCUGUAAAACUUAAUUUUUUUCAUAGCCGAGAAAACUAUUUUUGUCUCCAUCUUUUCUACAUACAGUAUAUUAACAAAAAAAAAAGAAAAAAAGGGGGGGUUAAAAAUGAUUUAAAGUAAGAUUUAAAAUAAAAUGUAAAUUAAGUUUUAAGGGAAUUUGAAUACCUGCUCGCGCUCUCUCCAAAUACUGACUGCCUUUUGGUUAUAUUUGCACUGUUGCGUUUUCAGUUUUGGUUUGGGAUUCUUUGGGUUUGUUUUUUUAUUAUUAUUAUUAUUUUUUCAUGUAAAACUAGGGUCUUAAGUUAAUUUUAUUCUAUUUUAAUGUCAGUGUUAUUGUUUUUUAAAAGUAAGGUUCUUCAACUCUCUGAAGUGAUACCUUUUAAUUAGUGAAGAAAGCCAUUAAGGUCGUUCACUAGACUUGUAUUAAUUGAGAUGGAGGGGAAUACAGGUAAACACAAGAAAAAGUGUAAAAAGAGAAAAAAAAAAAGAAUGCCUCAGAAAGUCUUAUGGAGUUAGCUGUAAAAUACACCUACAAUACUUGACUUGCAUGCCUCCGGGUCCUCGCACUUUAGUGCAUGUACAUACUGCUACUGUACCAUCACAUAAAUGUGAGUCAACCUGUUUCACUGUAAUAUUGUUGUGAAUUUACCCGUACUGUACUUUUAUUGUUGGUAUUCUUGCAUUGACUAUACAAAAAGAGUUUUUAAAUUAUUGUUAGCAGUUCAACUGGCUAUGUACAGUGUUUACUGAGAACUUCCUUCAUUUGGGGAAAACCAUGGAGAUCUCUGGGCAUACUAAAUUGUGACUUGUCUUAUUUAGGAGUCUGUUGGAGACCAUGUGAAGUGGAAAUAAAACCCUCAGCAUUUACAAGCUG